AUGAAAAAGCCAAUGCUCGUUUCUGGAUUAAAUUUAUGGAGGACAAGAUACCCAUUUUCUAUGCAUUGGCCCUGUUCAUCCAAGGGGAAGAACAGGACAAGGCAAUAAAGGAUUGCUUAGAACUGCUGAGAACUAUUGAGAAGCAAGGUCUUGAGGGAGACAGGAAGUUUUUCGGCGGCACUAACAUCAGUUUAACGGAUUUGGUUUUUGGAUUGAUGGCUUACCAUUGGGAAGUGAUUGAAGAGAUUGUAGGAGUUAAUUUGAUGGAAACCCAUAGUUUCCCUCGACUGAAUGCAUGGGCUGAGAACUUCAAAUCAGUAUCUGUGAUCAAAGAGAGCCUUCCUGAUCGUGAUAUAUUGGUAGCUCGUUUGAAAGAGCGCAGGGAUGUGCGUCUAGGGGUUAUCUCAUCGUGAUCAGAGUCUUCAGGUGAUGUCUCUGAAGAGCAUUAUGCAUGGUUAUAUAUGUAUUAGUUAUCAGAGAAAUGUAUCUAAUAAAUUUCAGUAUCAGAUUUGAUAAAUAAAGAGUCUUCUGCUUUGGAAUUGUCUUAUUUAUCAGUGACAAACUCAGAAUGACAGCGGUAGAAUUGUUACAAGUGAGCA